UUAUUAUUAUUAUUUUAAAACGUUGUUUGUAUUACAUUCUCGAAAAUGUUUAACUGUACAACCUGUGGAAAAGUGUACGCUCAUAAGCGUGGUUUGAACAGACAUGUCAAAACUCACGAUGGAUCGGUGAUUUCGUGUGGAAUAUGCCUCAAGAUAUUCACCCGCCGAGACAAACUCAGCAUCCACGUACAAAAUUGUCAUAAGAUCGUUAAAAACACUCCCGAAUUUCACAGCGCUGUACGAGUAGGUGGUUCAAUGGGUCGCGCAUCAGUCAUAAACUGGGCACCACCGCCCACUACCCCGUACGCUCAACCAAAUGUUUCGACUCCGACGGACAUCUCGACUAGCCGCCGCUGUGCGGACACAUCUAUUCCCCCGCCUCAAGCCUCAUCUUCAUCGUCCUCCCGCACACCGGUUAUCGUUUCCCCACCACCCGCACAGACUGUCGUUGGCGGAACAGUCGCAAGAUCCCUCGCGACCACCGCACUACCACUUUCACUUUCACCACCGUCCUUCGAGGAAGGCGAGUCUCACACGGAAAAUACUAGUAAAAACAUCAAACGUAAAAAGGCGCGUAUGCAAAAGGUUAAUACGCCGGGCUUUAUCGAAAUCGAGUCAUCGCAUAAACGGGCGAUCGUAUGGUAUUUUAGGAAGAACGUUGAUAACGUAGCCAGUUAUCGCGCAUUCCUCAAUUCGAUAGAGUCCGAAUUAAUCGCAAAAUUACGCGAGUGCGUGCAUAUUAACCCGAUAAAAUAUAACCUGAAAUUAGAGGCCACAUACGUAAUACCGAACUUGGACAAUUCUGCUCAAAAUCGCGCGUUUAAAACUUCGGCCCGUGAAUUAUACGGGCACAGUAAUGUCGAACGUUUGGUCGACCGCGAUUUCGCAGCGCUCCAGGCCGAAGAGGAUUGUUACGCCGGAAAGUAUAGUGGAUUUUCCUUAUCGUGUAUCGACGGAUUGCUCUUGGGUGUGUACGAGUACACACCCAUGGGGGGAUCGUCGUACUUACCGUUGCCGGAAAGUAUUCUGAACCGGAAGGCCGUUAUCAACCCUCAAAAUAUUGACCGGCAAUGUUUUAAGUGGGCGAUCCUCGCCAAACACGUAGCACAUGACAAUCGCGUGAUAGUAGGCGCUAAUUAUACGAGGGAAGAACACCGAUAUGACUUUUCUGCUUUAUCGACCCCCACCCCCGUGUCGGAGAUAAAGUUAUUUGAAAAGUCUAACCCUGGGACGAGCGUCAAUUUAUACGGCGUGAGAAAUAGCGAAAAACAUAAUAAUAAUAAAAAUAAAAAAAAUAAAAAGUCGUCCACGCAAUCUGUCGCGUACCCACUGCACAUCGCGGAUGAAGAAAAGCCAGAUCAUUUCGACCUGCUCUUAAUCACCGGGAAGGAUGGUGACAACCAUUAUGCGUUCAUUUCGAAUUUUUCGCGCCUAGCCAGCCCGCAAAAAAAUAAUCACCAACAUCGAUUAUUUUACUGCAAACGGUGCUUCGCCAGUUUCGAGGAUCGUCCAUUAAAAUAUAAAUUACACGGAAAGCGAGCGCUGGCCCAGCACCGUUUACUGUGCGGCGUGCACAAACCGGUUGUACCUUUGAUGCCGAAAGAGGGAGAUACUCUGGAAUUCGAGGCGUGGUGUAAAACGGAACGGCUACCAUUCGUAGUGUAUGCCGACUUCGAAGCCUUACUCCUGAAAACGGACCGGAAACAAGGUGUCAAUACAACGGCGAUACACACACACCACCCCAUGAGCUACGGGUACCAUGUUGUCGCGGCGGAGGGAGUACCAAUAGAGUUGUUUGACCAGUUUGACAUACCGAGGGUUCCUGUCAUUUUCCGUGGCUCGGCGACCGAGGACGACGUAGCCAAGCGUUUCGUCCGUGACGUUCUCAAUGUAGCUGAUAAAAUAGCCCGAUUGUAUAAGGAAGUCAAUGUGCCGAUUAUUAUGAGUGUUGAGGAUUGUCGUGUGCAUGGCGGAAAGAUUACGUGUGACUUGUGCAGUUGUGCGUUUAGCGAACGCAACUGUAAAACUGCACACCACGACCACUUGUCUGGACGUUUUUUAAAAACGUUAUGUAACACGUGCAAUCUUAAGUUGAAAACACCAAAAUUCGUACCUUGCUUCCUACACAAUCUGUCUAACUACGACGCGCAUUUCAUCGUGACAAAUUUAGCGAACGACGGCGACACUAACCGAAUAUCUGUUAUCGCAAACACCGAAGAGAAAAUAUUUCGUUUUCGAAGUAUAUUAACAACACGUUCUCCGUCAGGUUUGUAG